UGACCGGAAGUGCUCUCUUUCGGGUCGGAGACGCUUUGGCGGCCCCUCGGCCUCUGAGCGGAGGAAGAGGGAGGGAUGACGGAGCCCGAGGCGGGAGGCGGCGGUGGCGGAGGCGCUGAGGGGGAGAAGGAGAAGGAGAGGGACCCGGGGGCUUCGGCGGGGGCGGCUGCCCCUUCCUCCUCCUGCUCCUCCUCCUCCUCCGGGGGAGACCCGCUCCUGAUCCGCGUCACCGUCAAGACCCCCAAAGACAAGGAGGAGAUCCUGACCGCGGAAAGGGCCUCCGUCAGGGAGUUCAAGGAGGAGAUCUCCAGGCGCUUCAAGGCCAAGCAGGAUCAGCUGGUUCUGAUCUUUGCCGGGAAGAUCCUGAAGGACGGGGACACGCUCCACCAGCACGGCAUCAAAGACGGGCUGACCGUCCACCUGGUCAUCAAGACGCCCCAGAAGUCCCAGGAUCCUUCCUCCCUGAUGGCUGCUGCCACCGCUGCCUCUCCUGCUGCCAGCGCUGCUCCUGCUGCCACACCGGCUGCCCCCUCUGCAGCCCCUGCGUCUCCCGCGGCCCCCUCUCAGCCAUCCACCUCCAGCAACACGCUCUCAGACGCUGCAAACAGCAGCCGGAGAAGCAGCGGGUUAGGGCCCACGCCGGGCCCAGUGGCGGAAGGGACGCCCAGUGGGGCCACCUCCAUCUUGUCGGGCUUCGGUGGCAUCCCAGGGCUUGGCCAGCUGGGGAUGGGCUCGGCCAACUUCAUGGAGCUCCAGCAGCAGAUGCAGCGGCAGCUGAUGUCCAACCCAGAGAUGCUUUCCCAGAUCAUGGAGAACCCGCUGGUGCAGAACAUGAUGUCCAACCCAGACUUCAUGCGGCAGAUGAUCAUGGCCAACCCCCAGAUGCAGCAGCUGAUGGAGCGCAACCCAGAGAUCAGCCACAUGUUGAACAACCCAGAGCUCAUGCGCCAGACAAUGGAGCUGGCCCGGAACCCCGCCAUGAUGCAGGAGAUGAUGCGCAACCAAGACCGGGCACUGAGCAACUUGGAGAGCAUUCCAGGAGGGUACAAUGCCUUGCGCCGGAUGUACACGGACAUCCAGGAGCCCAUGUUCAGUGCAGCCCGGGAACAGUUUGGCAAUAACCCCUUCUCAGCCCUGGGCGGGAAUGCGGAGGCUCCGAACUCUCAGCCACUGCGGACGGAAAACCGAGAGCCCUUGCCCAACCCUUGGAGUCCCUCUCCCGCUUCUCAGGGCCAGACAUCUAGUGGUGAUGGAAGCACAGGUUCCACCCCGAGCCAAAGCACGCCCACAGUCUCCAACCCACUGGGGAUCAAUGCGGCCAAUCUGGGUACAGGGGUGUUCAGCAGCAGUGAGAUGCAAGGCCUUCUGCAGCAGAUCUCUGAGAACCCACAGCUCAUGCACACUGUCGUCUCAGCCCCUUACAUGCGCACGAUGUUGCAGGUGCUUUCCGAAAACCCUGACCUGGCAGCCCAAAUGAUGGUGAACGUUCCCCUCUUUGCCGGCAACCCUUCGCUUCAGGAGCAGAUGCGGCUUCAGCUCCCUGCCUUCCUGCAACAGAUGCAGAACCCUGACUCUUUCUCAGUCCUGACCAACCCACGCGCCCUGCAGGCCCUCCUCCAGAUCCAGCAGGGGCUUCAGACGCUGCAGACGGAGGCCCCGGGGCUGGUGCCCAGCCUGGGCUCCUUUGGUGCCCCCCGAGUCCCCCCGGCCUCUUCUGGAGGCAGCACAGUCCCCGAAACGCCCUCCGCCUCGACACCCGGCAGUGCCUCUCCCACCAGGGAUGCCCAUCCUCAGCAGCAGCUCAUGCAGCACAUGAUGCAGAUCCUGGCUGGCGCAAACUCACAAGUGCAGAGCCCGGAGGUCCGGUUCCAGCAGCAACUGGAGCAGCUCAAUGCCAUGGGCUUCAUCAACCGCGAGGCCAACCUCCAGGCCCUCAUUGCCACUGGUGGGGACGUCAACGCUGCCAUUGAGAGACUGUUGGGCUCCCAGCCGUCCUAACGCCACAUUUGCCACAGGCGCCCUCCAGUCUGCAUUGCGGGGUCCGCAUGCACGCAGAAGCAAGGGGAGGGGGCCUCCACCAAGAAGACUGUGCCACCUCAUGCCCACAACCCUCACCUGGACAAGUGGUUCAUAGAUUUGGAACUGAAAAACUGGAAAAGGCCUGGAAUGAAGUGCAGCCUGUUCUCUGUUUUUCUUCCCUGAGUCUUUACAGACAAGCAUCGUUCAUGGAUUCUGGUUCCUGUGGCUCUUUUGGACACAUGCCUUCCCCCCCAAUUAGGCUCUAGUUCGUAGAAGGGUAACUUCUAGGGAACCCAAGCGACUGUCUUGGAUUAGCUUGCUAUUUUUUAAAAAUGAGAAGAAGUCUCUCUUCCUUUCCUUGCCUGCCCCAUCAUCCCAUCUGCAGCCAAAAACCUAGUAGCAUCUCCCCACUUCACCACUGAAGGUUUUGCUCAGACGGAAGAAGGUCUCAAAAUCCUGGAGGAUGUGUGUCAUACAAAGCCCAGGAAGAGUCUUAGAAAGGCUCUCAGUAUUUUUAUUUGGCAUCUUUUCUGGGUGGGCAUAACCACAAUGAGCAGAGAUUUGAAUUAAGGUGUGUAAAAAUGCCAGCCGACUGAGCUUUUGCUCCGUGAAAUGCUGAAUAAAAAAGGGUCGUCUUCAAGGCGUGGCACAGAUUAUCAUGACUCCCCAUCCCUGAAAUCAUUCUCCAGGGUUUUUUCUGCUUGGCUUCGUGCUGAAUAGCCAGAAGAUGGCUUGCCACCAGGUUAGACACCAACCACCCCUGCGGUGUUGUCCAGAGGGGCAAAGAGGUGGCUGAAAACUAAGGUUUCACCCUUGCCUCCAAAGCCGCCUUUUGAAUGUAACUUUAUCCCUUACUGUAUCCCCCUAAUUCCUCCCCAGCAUCCAGUCCAUGGCAUGGCUGCCUCUUUGAUGCACCAGGCUUUUGGAAAACGGAAGAAUCGGGGGGGAUCCCUUUUCAUGUUUUGGGGGGAUGCUGUUGAUGGCUUUCUCCCCCUCUUUUGGCUUGUUCUCCCUGGCGUUCAGUUCAGGAUGUCCGAAAUCAGCCGGCUGUCCGAAGGCGGCCCCCAAGAACCUCCGGCAGCAAAAUUUGCAAGCGAAGCCACAAGUGGGUUUCCUUUCCCUUUUGCUCUUUCCCAGGAAUAAAAGGCACAAAUCAUCUCUU